GAGAGAGAAUCCAGAGAGAAAAGGAGAGAAGGGAAAACUUGUUUCACAGUGCACCUUUUAUCGCCCAGCACGAAGAAACCCACUGCUCCUUCUUGACUCUUCUGAAUGGAUGAAUUCCGUAAAAGCCAUUUAAGGAACAGAUAAUUCUCCUCCACCUGGACAUUUUCGUAUGAACAGAUGCUCAGCAUCGAGCGGCCCCCUCCAUUAGCAGCUGUCUGGAGUGGGAGAGAGCCUCCCUCAGCGGCCAUCAUGCCUCUGAGAGCCACUCAGACACAGCAGAGGCUAAAUGGGAGAAGAAACAGGAGGAUGGAAAGGACCAAUCCUGGACAGCGCUCCAAAAAACUGGCCAUCAUCUCUCGAUCUCUACUUAUCUGCAGCUCCAGGAGCAGCGAUGACACCGCUAGCCCUGAAGAGAGGUACGGAUACAAGAACUGGAAAGAAGGGUACCAAGGAGACCCUCUGGAGGCCAAGGCUGGACAUAUGGAAAUGAAUUUCAGCAGGAGUGUUAGCCUACAGGGAUCAAAGUGGAGUGAGGAUCCCAAAAAGAACUUAAGAAGGUCCUUUUCCAUUAAGGAAAGCAGUUUCUGGAGAAUGUGCAUUGCCACCAGGGAGGAGUGCGGGCCGCUCGGACCUCAAGUGGCCGAUAACGACCUCCAGCCUGGUGACAAUAUAGUCACUGUUCGAAAUGGAGGCCAAUUACACAGGGACACUUACAUCCACUAUGGUGAGAGGCUGGCCCCAUUUAAUGGGCAGGUUGUAAAUGGCCACACAAAACUCGAAUCAGAGAAACAACCAGCCAUGAGAACUGAACCCAGGACAACUAGUGCAGAGGUUUUCAGCUCAUGUGAAAACAGUGAGCUACAUCUUAACAGUAAUUCAGCAGAUUCUGUGAUCUACAGGAAAGACGUAGUUGGAAACAAUGUUAACUUAAAGAAGCCCAUUAUAGAAGUAACAGAGGCUAAUAAAAGCUGUGAAACAGAAGAUACUGAAGAGACCACCUGCAAGAGGAAUCGUUCAAACUCUACAAGUGUACACCCAUACUGGAUUGGAGAUUUGGAUGCCAUCAUUAUGAAGACACCCGAGCUGUUUCCCUGUCAGGUUCACACUGCCACUGGCAUUUACGGAAACAGAAAGUCUCUUUCUCAACAACUGGAGUUUCCUCCCAGCAUUCAGCAGGCUGUACCAAGACCUUCUCGCUCACUCAGUUCAGCACAUCUGGUCCAUUCCAGCAGCAGUGUCCAGGCCUUCAUCAUCUGUAAUAUAGUCUUAAUGAAGGCACCUGGCAAGGGCCUAGGUUUCAGUAUAGUGGGAGGCAGGGACAGCAUUUACGGUCCAAUGGGAAUCUAUGUAAAGACCAUUUUUCCUGGUGGAGCAGCUGCAGCAGAUGGACGACUGCAUGAAGGAGAUGAGAUUCUGGAGCUGAAUGGAGAGUCUCUGCAUGGUCUUACACAUGAAGAUGCUUUACAGAAGUUUAAACAAGUGAAGAAAGGACUGCUGACGCUGGUGGUAAGGACCAGGUUGGGUGCUGUCGUUGGCAGUCAAACUCAGGUGGCCCAGCUAUGCCGCUCCAAGUCUCUGAGCUCCACUGCAGGUAUCAGCAGGGCCAGUGAUGAGCUGGCUGAUUUCCCCAACUUGGGCACUCACGCCAAGCCAAGAGACCGCAUCAUGAUGGAAAUCACCCUUCAGAAGGAAGUUGGUGUGGGCCUUGGUAUUGGGUUGUGCUGUGUUCCAUCUGCUGAAGGUGGUCCUGGAAUCUACAUUCACACACUGUCUCCAGGUUCAGUGGCACACAUGGAUGGCCGCUUGAGAUGUGGAGAUGAGAUUGUGGAGAUUAAUGACACUGUGGUUUGCAACAUGACACUCAAUGAUGUGUACACAGUUCUGAGUCAGUGCAACCCUGGGCCGAUUCAGCUUAUCAUCAGUCGUCACCCUGACCCUAAAGUUUCUGAACAGCAGCUGAAUGAGGCCAUUGCACAGGCAGUAGAGAACAGCAAACUGAAGAGAGACAAGAGUCACUGGAGUAUGGAGGGUCUGAGGAGGACGGAGCCAUGUUCACACAACAGGACAAAGUGUGAACGCUGUAUGGAGCGAAGCCAGAGCCAGAUGAGCUGCAGGAGAGCCCAGAAACCCAUGAUCCGUUCCUGCAGCGAGGGUGCAUACAGCCAGCGCAGUGCUCUAACCAAUGCCAACAUGCUACCCAUCCCUCAACACCAAAACGUCACUCGAGUACAUAGCAUGGAUGCCUCCAUAACAGCUAACUGUGAGGUUCUGCCCAGCAGGAGGCCGUCCCCGAUUUCAUAUGCAAAUGACGACUACAAUGUGCCCUACAACUCUCAAAUGAACUUUGUCAGUCAUGAGAGGUUAGAUGCAGGUUUUGGCAGGACGAGAGGUUUUAAGGGAAGGCCUCGUUCUCUGCCACGUAGAUACUGUAGACGGCAGGGUGUCACCAAUGAAGAGUCACUAACCGACUCAAGUGGCUCUAGCGGUGGUUCACCAGUGAAAGAGGAAGAUCCGUUGCCUUCACAAAGCUGCCAAUUGUUCUGCAAUAUAUACAAGGCUUUGAGAAAGAUCUCAAGGCUUCUGUUUAAGAAAGAAGCGGAUGAGCGUUCAGAAGAAGCUAAAGCAGCACACACCGAACCUUUUGCUGCAUAUACAGCUGAAAACGUACAUAAGGAGUCCAGACAACACAGAGAAUCUCAGUCUUCCAACCAGCAGUGCAGUCCAACUAGGAGAACCAGUCUGAGACGUCAGGACUGUGUGAACUCUGAACAGCAAGUUGACCCUUGGGUGAGACUAACAGACAGUCUUGAAAAGCGCCUGAACCAUCGAAAAAUCAUGAGUGACCAUAAUGGGAAUAAUGAGAUAAAUGGCACUGUCUCAGAGACCACAGACCCCAUCUCUAGCUCAAAGCCAGAGGAAACGGCUGGUGUUAAAAAGGGGCCUCCGGUGGCUCCAAAACCUGCUUGGGUACGCCAAAGUCUUAGAAGUAUUAAGUCUGGGCGGUCGCCAGCUGAGGCCUUUAAAAAUCAAUCAAAAAGUCAAGAUACUGGAAGGACCUUUGGAGUUAGUCUGAGGGCCACUUCAUCAGCAGCAAAUCUAUCUUUCAAGCAAAAGCUCAGCUCAUUUGAGACCUUUUCUAACACUGAUGGAGCAGAAAAAACAAGCAGAAGACUGACUCCAACUUCAUCUCUUCCUCAGACGGAAAAAAGUCCAGCUAGGUCUGAGAAAGCACAGCCUGUAGAGACCAGCAACACAUGGAAAAGUAGAACCACUGCGAUUAACACCCAGGACAGUGACAAACCUUCUUCAGUGAUAAAUCCAGCCACCAUCACUGAAGCAUUUUCUGAAGAAGAACAAACAACGUCUAACAAAACAGAUAUCCAAACUGAGAGCUCAGAAAAAGAUAAAACAACUGUUGCCACAAAGCUGACAGGGGAUACCAACAACCCUCCGGUAGAGAUUCCUUCUUCUUUGGAGGAUGAGAAGGAAACCAUUCUUGCUCAGAAAGAUGAAGAGGAAACAAGUCUCACUCAGAAAGAUGAAGAGGAAACAAGUCUCACUCAGAAAGAUGAAGAGGAAACAAGUCUCACUCAGAAAGAUGAAGAGGAAACAAGUCUCACUCAGAAAGAUGAAGAGGAAACAAGUCCUGCUCAGAAAGAUGAUGUGGAAACAAGCCCUGCUCAGGAAGACUCAUCCACUCUUGAUCAUUUCCCUAGAAGGUCCAGCAGUUCUAAAGAUCCUCCUUCACAAAAGCUAUCUUCAGUGGAGGGUCACAGCAGUCACAAUGCAAGUUUAAGAACCAGAAGUCUACCGCUGAACACUUCCUCUUUGUCAGAUGCCCAUGGCCAAGGUGGUCUGGAAGGGGAAACCCUUGAGAUCAUCCUGUCUUUCAGCAACCAGGUGUCCCAUGCCUUGAUGCGUUCCAUGCAAUCCCUUCCUCAGUCCCCAUGCCUAAAACUUGGUAACCCAUGGAGUGUGCCAUCUGGAUCCCCUCACAAUAACCCCACAGAGGAGGACAAUUCUUCGUCUGAGCCAUUACUCUCAUCGACACCAGACAGCACUGAGAAGGGCUUCUCUGUAAGCCUGGCUGAGCUGAGAGAGCGUACUAUUGAGAGAGGAGAAGACAGUGAGAAGACUGACUCUGCAUCUGAGCGACCUCUCACCACACCCUCAGCAGUGUGUGCCCAGUCAGUGAUCUCAGCAUUUCCACCUCAGGAGAUUCAGCGGCUAAUCCAGGAGGUCAAGGAUCUUGAUGAGGACACCCUAAAGCAACUGGAAGACAUCCAUGUAGUGAUUCUGCACAAGGAGGAGGGAGUUGGCUUGGGUUUCAGUAUUGCUGGUGGUAUCGAUCAGAACAAAGCAACUACAGUUCACAGAAUCUUUCCUGAAGGCUUAGCUGCUUCGGAGGGCACCAUCGAGAAAGGAGACGAGGUGCUGUCUAUCAACGGACAGACGCUGAAGAACGUGAAGCACAGCGAUGCUACAGCAGCACUCCGGCAGGCGCGUGAAAUGAAGCAGGCAGUGGUAGUAGUGUGCAAGAAUAAAAAUGCAGAGAGUAGCACAGAUGCCAGCACCACCAGUACAGAGCAGAGCUUCACAGAAGAUGAAAGUGGAGAUGUCCUGAGUCUAGAGUUGGAGAAAAAUGCAGGUGGAGUGGGUUUUGGGCUGGAGGGAGGAAAAGGCUCUAUUCAUGGAGACAAACCUUUGGUCAUCAACAGAAUCUACACAGGCAGUACAGCAGAGCAGAAGGGACUACAGGUUGGUGACGAGCUUCUGCAGGUCCAGGGCUCCUCAACACAAGGCCUUUCACGUCUCGAUGCUUUGACUGUCCUCAAAGGUCUUCCUGAUGGAUUAUUCACAGCCAUCGUGAGGAGAAAGAAAGCUGAACAGAGCUAAAUUCAGAAAGUACAACCAGAUAGCUUGAAAAGUGUGAAAGGACUGUAUUUUAGGAAACACAGUCUUUAGUGGAAAAUCACACUUAUGCAGGUCUUCGCAAGCAGUUUUAAUAUUAGGAUUAUGUUUAUCUUGAUUGGGAUUAUUAUUGAUUACUAUUAUAAUAUUACAGUAAACCCAUUACAAGAUUAUUAAAUCUAGUUCUAGAUUUAUUUGUUGAAUUUCCCUCUUUAUUGGCAAAUAAUUUUGCUCAUUUGAAGCACUUAUUUUGAGAAAGAUGCACAAUUAUCUGCCAAUACUAAAAAGAAUGAUUAACGAGUAAACAUGUCUACAAAUAGUUUUAAUAAUCUUGUUUUGUUGUAAUGUCAAGGACAUAGUAGAACGGUUUUACAAAAUACAAUUAUAUAUACACAAUACUUGCUUGGAUGUUUUUUUGUUUUGUUUUUUUUACAUCUGAAUGCACUUAGUGACUGUUGCAGACAGUUACUUUAAUGAAACAGCAUAAACAAUACAGGAAGUUGGUGGUCAAGUGUAAUGAGCUUAUUUUCAUAUUCAGUGCAUCACACUGUCAGGUUUCUUGACUGUAAGUGUGAUUCACAGAAAUGUUAUCAGUCUUAACCUUUAUCACACAGCCCCGUUUUUAUUUUUAAAUAUUAGCUAUUUAGCACAAUUAUCAAGUAUUUUUGAACAGCCCAUCCCCCAAAGACUUACGUUUUGACACUAAACCCAAACCAUACUAAUCCGUUUAAUAUAUAUGCUAGAAUUACUGAUAUUAAUUUUGUUUAACUGCAAAUUAAGCAUUUUUCAGGUUGCUAAAAUUGUGUUCAUAAAAUAUUGAAUUUCUAGAUUUGACCGAACUCAACAUUGAUGAAUUAACAGCAUUGUGUUUUCCUAUCGUUAAUGUGUUUUGUUAGGUAGUCCUUCCAGGAUUUAGACAUUUUGUGAUUGUUACUGCAGAGUUAUUCAAAAAUCUUUGAGAUUUUUGUGCUUGAUUUGCAGAAAACUACUUGAAUUCAAGAUCCUUCUUUAAAAAUACUACCAGUGAAGACACUUAUGUAGUUACUUUGAGAGCUGUACACAUGGGCUUUAGCUGAAUGUGCGUCUGUGAUGAUGUCACACAACAGCCCGAAUAUGCAGAAAAUCUGUGGUAAUUGUAAAAAAUUGUGAGCUCCUCUGAAUAUCAUGGAGUUGCAUUAAUUUCUGCAAUUGCAAAAUUAUGAAAUCCUGGAGGGAUUGGUUCGGCUACAAUCUCUGCUUUUCAUCAGACACUCAGCGCUUUUAAUUGAGAACACUGAGAAUACUGGGCUGAUGGACAUCGGCUACUCCAGCAUAACCAGUUUACCAAUAAGAGAGUAUCAACCAUGCCUACAAUAAACCAGCAAAGCCUAUCAAUGCAUUUUCUAAUGGAUGCCAAUAUAUCCAUGUAAAAUAAGCCAUAUAGAACUGUGCUUACUGAACUACAGGAGAAAAAAAAAGAGGAAUAUUAAAUAAAUAUAUAAAUUUACUAUGUGCAUCCUUCAAGUUUUAAGAAAUGCCAUAUCAUUUAUUUUUAUUUUGUUUUGAUAACUGGCCUAAUCCUAGAUUUAGAAAACAGUCUAUAGAAAAACGGCAUGUCUACAUGAAUUUGUCCAAAGCUGAGAUUAUGAGUCAAGUUUGAUAUUUAGCCAUAGGCUCUUUUUGUCUAUUCAAAUAAUUCACAAGCUCUUACUGGUGUUAAUUAUUUAAUAAAAUAUAUGUAAAUAAAUUUUCAGAAGGUUAGCCAUGUGAAAACAUCGUAACAGAUUGACGUUUCUUUGUUUGUCGAUGCACAGAAAUCUUGCCUUUGUACGGUUGUACAAACAUGGUCAGGGAUUCCCGGGAACUUGACUGUAUUCAAGUUUGCCUGUUUUGUUAAGAUUUGCACAAACACUGUACAGUAAGAUAUAUACAAAAAAAAAUUUCUAUGGAAACUAAACUAGAGUAUUUGACCAGAUUCUUAAUGGAAUAGAUUUUGAACUCACCAUAAUGUAAUGUUUUCAGAUAUGCUUGCAAGAACCAAAGAUAGAAGACAUUUUUAUGGCCUGCCUUUGCAUUCGAUAUUUUAUGACCAAAUAGGCUUCAUUGCCUUAUUACAAUAAUUGUCAUUUUAUUUAUUUAAGUUCUCAAAAGAAACAUCCAAUUUUAAUAUAAUUGAAAUGAAACGUUCACAUUUAGAAAAGAUGCUGUUAAUUUUUUUUGUUUUUGUACAGAAUAAGCGACUAAUAUAUCAGAAAGCGCUGUUUAUAUUGUUUAAAAUCAUUACUGUAUUUCUUUUUUGCCCCCCAGAAAUACCCUAAUAAAGUAAUUAACUACAAA